AUUUAUAAUACAUUAGUUGAAACAGGUGAACUGGAAAAUACCUAUGUAAUAUACACAGCAGAUCAUGGCUAUCAUAUUGGGCAAUUUGGACUGGUGAAAGGAAAAUCCAUGCCAUAUGAAUUCGACAUCAGAGUUCCUUUCUACAUACGUGGUCCAAAUGUGGAGGCUGGAUCCUUGAAUCCUCACAUUGUAUUGAACAUCGAUCUUGCUCCUACAAUUCUAGAUAUUGCUGGCCUGGAUAUUCCACCUGACAUGGAUGGGAAAUCCAUACUAAAACUGCUGGAUUCUGACAGAUUGGUCAAUAGUUUUUCCAGAUUCCAUUUGAAAAAGAAAAUGAAGGUUUGGAGAGAUUCAUUUUUGGUGGAGCGAGGUAAGCUGUUGCACAAAAGAGACAAUGAAAAAACGGAUGCUCAAGAAGAAAAUUUUUUGCCCAAAUACCAAAGAGUGAAAGAUCUCUGCCAGCGAGCUGAAUAUCAAACUGCUUGUGAACAACUUGGACAGAAAUGGCAGUGUGUGGAAGAUGCCAAUGGAAAGUUGAAAUUGCAUAAAUGCAAAGGCCUAGCUAGCCUUAUGGCUCCAGACAGUAGUAAAGGAAUCUCCAAUCUCCUGCCCAAGUAUUACAGCAAGAAUAACGAGGACUGCAGCUGUGAUGAGAAUGAAUACAAGCUGAGUCCCAUCGGACGACGAAAGAAAUUGUUCUCUAAGAAGAAAUACAAAGCAAGCUACAUUCGAAGUCGUUCGAUUCGCUCAGUGUCUGUUGAGCUUGAUGGGAAGGUGUAUAAUUUGGAUUUGGAGGAUGGCUAUCAACCUGUUUUACCAUGGAAUGUCACAAAAAAGCCCAAAAAUAGUCAAGAAUCAGAAGGAGGAGGAGAAGUUGAUGAUGCUAAGGAUAUGGAGGAAUUCAGUGGCACUGGCAGUAUUUUAGAGAACACAGCACCAAAUUUAAUAAAAGUGACACAUCGAUGCUAUAUUUUAGAGAAUGACACUGUUCAAUGCGACACAGACUUAUAUAAAUCAUUGCAAGCCUGGAAGGACCAUAAGCUUCAUAUAGACCACGAGAUUGAAACUCUACAAAACAAAAUUAAAAACCUUCGAGAGGUAAGAGGUCAUCUAAAGAAGAAGCGACCGGAGGAAUGUGAUUGUAACAAGAUAAGCUUCCAGUCAAAACACAAAGGCAAACUGAGGCACAAAGGAUCCGAUCUCCAUCCUUUCAAGAAAACCUUUCAGGAGAAGGAUAAGCUAUGGCUCCUCCGAGAACAGAGACGAAAGAAGAAACUCAGGAAGCUGCUCAAAAGAAUAAAGAAUAAUGACACGUGUAGCAUGCCAGGCCUGACAUGCUUCACACAUGACAACCAGCACUGGCAGACUGCCCCCUUGUGGACAUUGGGUCCUUUCUGUGCCUGUACCAGUGCAAACAACAACACAUAUUGGUGUAUGAGGACAAUCAAUGAGACACACAACUUUCUGUUCUGUGAAUUUGCUACUGGCUUCCUUGAGUACUUUGACCUGAACACCGACCCUUACCAGCUAAUUAAUGCAGUGAACACACUGCAUAGAGAUGUUCUCAACCAACUGCAUGUGCAGCUCAUGGAACUGAGAAGUUGCAAAGGCCAUAAACAAUGCAACCCAAGGACCCGAAACAUGGAACUUGGUCUUAAAGAUGGAAGCUAUGAACAAUACAGGCAGUUUCAACGUCGAAAAUGGCCAGAAAUGAAAAAAUCUUCAUCUUCCAAGUCCCUAGGGCAGCUUUGGGAAGGCUGGGAGGGGUAAUUUCCUACAACUGCUAGACCUCAGUGAGGACAUAAACUGGCCGGAACUUGAAUUCUUGUACAGACUUAAUAAAGUAUGUAUGAUUUCAGACUGAAUCAUAAUCUUAGCCUGGAAGACUGAAUGAACUUUGAUGCUAAGGUAAAUAGGAUAUUUGCAUUUUUAUGCAGUCCAAAAUGAUGCAGUUAUCUUCUGGAGACUACUGUUGUCAAGAACCUGUAUUCUACUAGUUUAACUCGCAUUUGCUUUGGAUUAUACCUCACUUGCUUCACAAGCUAUUUUAUUUCAGUCAAUCAUCUUCAUCCAAAAGAGGACAGCAGAGAAAAAUCGCAACCCUUAGAAUCCAGAAAGGCAAAAGCACAGAUCAAAUUUCAGCAGAAGACAAUUUUAUAUUUUCUUUAAAUUAAAGCAUUGGAAAGACAAAUGAAGAUAAUAACACUUUUUCCCAUUUUGGCUUGGACAAAUUAAACUUUGAAGCACUGGUUAAAAAGAAAAUCUGUUAAGGGAUUCUAGGAUCUGAGAAGGAUAUUACUGAAAAGCAGCACCAAUUCAGCACUGUAAUAUUGUCACUUGUUUGUGUACUACAAAAUGCAAUUUAGUUCACAGUUUUCACAUCUUCCUUGAGGUUAAGAGAAGAAACAGAAAAUAAACCCUCACUUGGAGAAAACCACCUUUCCAGCAUUGUAUUGUAAAUAACGGAAGUGUUCCAUUUCAAAAGAAAUCCAAUCCAGAAGAUUUUUGUUACUGAAAUAUUGGCAUGCCCCAAUAUCAUUUCUGAAAAUGUCACUUCACUGCAUAAUUAAACUUUAGAAUUGAUCACUUUUUUAAAAAAAGAAACCACUGCAAAAUGAAAAGCAGUUGAUGUAUGUCUUGAAUUUUAACAAAGUUGGAUUUGUAUUAAGUCUUUGUGGUUAUAUUGUAUGUUAAAAAAAACCAAAAUUAUUACUAUAAAAAAGCACUUGUUUACUUUUA